GUAAACGUUAUAAAUUGCGUCCUUUACUGGAAUUUUACUAUGUCACAUCCGAAGUAUCGUGGCACAUCUAAAUCAGCCUGCCUUGUCAGUAUCUUAACUGAACUCCGAGGAGAACAUCUUUUUGAAGCGAAAAGCGACUCUACCGAUAAUAUCAGCAAUCAAAAAAAAAGCUAAAUAAAUUCUUGCUAAGUACUGAAUAUAAUAAAUAAAAAAAUUAUAAAAAUGCCCGGUAACGAUUCAGUCGUGUCAAUGGUUCAUCUCACGUUUGACUGGAUUGACUACAGUAUAUUCAUAAUAAUGCUCCUAGUGAGCUUUCUUAUUGGUACUUAUUUUGGAUUCUUUAGUAAACAAGACAAUGCCACGGAAUAUCUUUUGGGCGGAAAGACCAUGAGUUACUUUCCAGUAGCUGUGAGCUUGACUGCCAGUCACGUGUCAGGUAUCACACUCCUUGGUAUACCAACAGAAGUUUACUCAUAUGGAACCCAAUACGCAGUAAUCAUCUUCGCGUCAAUUUUCACAUGCAUCAUUAAUGUCUGCAUCUUCAUCCCAGUCUUCUACGAGCUUCAAAUCGCAAGUACAUUUGAGUACCUGGAGAUGAGGUACGCCAAGUCGAUACGCAUACUCUGUUCUCUUCUCUUCACCAUCACCUUAUUCCUCUACAUACCCAUAGUGAUUUACGUACCUGCCCUGGCCUUUGCACAGGCCACUGGCUGGGGCAUACACGUGAUAACGCCAGUGAUAUCAAUAGUAUGCAUCAUUUACACAAGCCUAGGAGGUCUCAAGGCGGUAGUAUGGACGGAUACUGUACAAUUCUUAACCACCGUCGGUUCGCUCUUCGUCGUUCUUUACUUAGGAAUCAAUUAUUUGAACGGUUUUAGCGAAAUUUGGCGAAUUUCAGCUGAGGGAAAACGCCUUGUAUUCUUCAAUAUGGACCCUAGUCCCUUCAUAAGAUCCAGCUUUUGGAGCGUAGCAAUUGGUUAUACAUUCAUUUUCACGGGACACCUUGGCGUUUAUCAAGGAAGCAUACAAAAAUUUUUAGCAGUCCCAACGCUGUCCGAUGCCAAAAAAGCUAUGUGGGCAACGGGGUUUGGAAUGACAGUUGCUAAAUUAAUAUCUGUCUUUACCGGACUUAUAAUUUACGCCAAGUAUCACGGGUGCGAUCCUUUCACUAGUAAAGCUAUAAUACGCAAGGAUCAAAUAUUGCCGUAUUACGUGAUGGACGUUGCCGACGGUAUUCCUGGCCUUCCAGGACUUUUUCUCUCCGGAUUGAUGAGUGCAUCGCUUUCCACUAUGAGCAUAAAUCUCAACACACUGGCCGGUACGAUAUAUCAGGAUUUUAUUGCGCCAUUCAUACCAGAUCAUUCCAGGAGCGAGUCCAGGGCAGCCACUAUAAUGAAAAUUAUCGUGGUCAUCGUUGGAGUCAUAUCAGUAGGCUUUGUCUUUAUCGUGGAGCAUCUGGGCAAUGUGUUUCAUAUGUCAGUCAGUAUGGGAGCCGUAUCCGGUGGUCCUCUUCUUGGUAUGUUUGUGCUGGGUACUUUGGUUCCUUGGUCCAAUGUGAAGGGCGUCAUGUUUGGUGGCACUGUGUCCUUGGCUGUUAUGAGUUGGAUCAUCUUCGGGGCAGAGUGGUAUAAUGCCCACGGUAUCAUAAAACACACACCACUCCCCAUUAGCACAGAUCAAUGUCCGUCUGCUGUGAAUGAAACUAUACUUAUGGAACCUACUUCACCACCUUUGGAUCCUGAUAAUGAACCUUUGUUUAUUUAUCGGCUGUCCUUUAUGUAUUAUUAUUUCUUGGGUACCCUCAUAACUGUUGUCUUUGGAGUCAUUGGCAGCUACGUUCUUGGGACUGUUAAUCUGAAAGAUGUUAAUCCACGUCACAUUGCACCAUGUAUGAGGAGAUUCCUACCUCGUCGAGAUUACAAGGAAGUACCGCUGAAAGAGCUAUCGAUACGGGAUGUUAAGGAUUAGAGGAAAAUUAAUUAAAGUCACUCAUCACUUCUUAGCCAUUUCUUAUUGUCUCGCGGCGGAUUACACGUGGAGAAUAAUAUUAAAAUAGCAAUCGCUGAGUACAACUUUUAGUUGUACUCCGUUAUACCGAGUAGCACCCGGUAAAUUUCCAAUGAACAUCGUGCGAUGGCAUAAAAAUAGAAACAAAUGUAGCUGCCUAAAUAUUUUCUUACAUACACUCGCGGCAUGAGUUUGUAUUGCGCAAGCGAUAAUCUUACUGCGAAUUCCCAACGUGAAGUAGAGAUCGCGCCGCGUUGUGUGCAGUGAAGAAAAAGGUGUACGUAAGUUUAAAAAUUUUAUAUGAAAACGAAAGAAUAAUGGAAGGCGAAGAAUAAAAAGUUUCUUUUAACAAUGA